AUGGCGGCUAGCUGUUGUGGGGUGAAGAAACAAAAGCUCAACAAUUCGAUGCCAUCGAUUUGUUGUAAUGGCUCCUCGGUUCAUCCGAAUACCUUCAAAAAUGGCUAUAGUGUAGCCUGUCGCGACAUGUGUUACUUCUGUUUUGACGUUUUGCACAGUUAUUUGCAUAAUUACGAUCCGCCCAGAAACCCACUUUUCACCAACGAUGCAUAUCCAUUGUUUGUCACAUGGAAAAUAGGUAGUAAUCGUCGCCUCCGAGGAUGUAUAGGAACAUUCUCCGCCACCAAUCUUCACAGUGGCCUCAGGGAAUACGCUGUCACUAGUGCUAUGAAGGACAGUCGUUUUAGUCCUAUAACUAAGGACGAGUUUAGCAAACUACAUGUAUCUGUGUCCAUACUCACUAAUUUUGAGGAUGCCAAAGACUUUGAAGACUGGGAGGUUGGAACACAUGGCAUUAGGAUUGAGUUUUUAAAUGAGAAAGGUCACAAGAAAACAGCCACAUAUUUACCAGAAGUUGCCAUAGAGCAAGGAUGGAACAUUGAACAAACUAUAGACUCUCUUCUCCGUAAAGGAGGAUUCCGCGGACCUAUAACAAAUGAUGUUCGUAGGAAUUUACGAUUGACUCGAUAUAGGAGUGAAAAAAUAAUGGUAGCUUACGGGGACUAUGUAGGCUCCAAACAGAAUGGCCAUGCAUGAUGAUAGCAAUGUACAGCAAUGUACCCUGGCAGCAGUAGGGAGCACAACAUUGGCGAAAAACUCCUCAUUCUUCACCAUGGAAUAGAUGUCGGAACACCUGAAAAAUCUAGUACAACUGUAUUCAAAUUAUUUGUGGAGAAUAUGUAGAUAUAUGUUGUAUCACUUCAAUAUGUCUGAUGUUUUAGGAGCUGUUGGCCUAAUCCAUGGGAGGAUGACAAAAUCUUACAGCGCAUAUAAAAUUUCAUCAGCGAAGUCCUUUUUUAAAUAAGACAGCCUUAGAGAUAAAAUUACAAAUCCAGCAAAACAGCUCCUUCAAAAGACCUGACUUUUAUUUCAUUAUAACAUUGACAGUUUUCUAAUAACUUUUAUGAAUGUGUGGUUUAACCUCUGAAAAAAUGCCUAGAUUUCUAGAAAUCAAAAUAUUUCCAUUGAUGUGCUGAAUUUUCUAGGGCUGGUUGACAACCUUAAUUUUCUAUCUAAGGCUGAUUGAUUCCCUUAAUUUUUCUAUCUUGGGUUGGUUGGCUCCUGAAUUUUCCUUCUAGGGUUGGUGUGCUCCUACAAACAUAUUGCUUAUUGAGGUCAGUCAUGAUAAAAUCUCUAAAUACUCAGGUUUUGGCCAAGUCAGGAGUAUUUUGAGUUGUUUAUUGUCUUCAGAAUCAACACAACAUAU